AUGAACGGCACGGCCGAGUCCAAUGGCACACCGUGUGACGGGGAACCCCGGACGCCGCAACCUAUCGCCAUUAUUGGGUAUGCUUGUCGACUGUCCGGCCAGGUUUCCUCCCCCGGCGACUUAUGGGAGCUUUGUACAAGAGCUCGAAGCGGUUGGUCGCCUAUACCCAAAGACCGUUUUUCGCACGGCGCCUACUACCAUCCUAAUCCUUCGAAACCCGGUACUUUCAACCCCGCGGGCGGUUACUUUCUCGAUGACGUUUCCCGAUUCGAUGCUCCCUUCUUCAAUGUCACCGUGCAGGAGGCAAUUUCUAUGGAUCCGCAGCAGCGCCUUCUUUUGGAGUGCUCUUACGAAGCUUUGGAGAGUGCAGGCAUUCCCAAAGAGUCUCUCGCUGGUCGUAAUGUCGGUGUCUUUGUUGGUGGCAAUUUCUCUGAUUACGAGCUCAAUAAUUGUCGGGAUGUUGAAACUAUUCCUCAAUUUCAAGCUACAGGAAAUGCGUCUGCGAUGCAAUCCAAUCGCAUUUCAUACUAUUUCGACCUGGCAGGUCCUAGUAUGACAUUCGAUACCGCCUGCUCGUCUUCCCUGGUGGCCUUGCAUUAUGCCGUUCAGAGUUUGCGAAGUGGUGAAUCGAAGGAGGCGCUGGUUGGUGGAUGCAGAUUGAAUCUGCUUCCUGAUUAUUUCAUUUCUAUGUCCAUGUCACAACUAUUUAACGAUGAAGGAAAAACAUAUUCUUUCGACGAACGAGCCAAAUCUGGCUUUGCGCGCGGCGAGGGCGCCGGCAUUGUCCUCCUCAAGCCUCUCGACGCUGCAAUCCGCGACAAAGACCCUAUCCGGGCUAUAAUCGCUAAUUCUGGAGUAAACCAAGACGGGAGAACCAAGGGCAUUACGUUGCCGAACGAACUUGCGCAGGAGCAGUUGAUCCGGCGUGUCUACCGCGAAGCCAACCUGGACCCGGAGGACUGUGGCUUUGCAGAGAUGCACGGUACAGGGACUAAAGCUGGAGAUCCUAUCGAGGCACGAGCGGUACAUGCAGCCCUAGGAGGAGGUCGAACGGCACGGAACCCGCUUUACAUUGGGUCGGUUAAGUCCAAUAUCGGUCACUUGGAAGGUGCCAGUGGUAUUGCUUCCAUUAUCAAGACCGCUAUGAUCCUCGACAAGGGACUACUGCUACCUAAUGCCGACUUCAAGAAGCCCAACCCGAAUAUUCCAUUGGCAGAAUGGAACAUGAAAGUCGUCACCACUACUCGACCCUUUCCUCGAGGCAAAAAGUACGCCAGUGUCUCAAACUAUGGCUUUGGAGGGACUAAUGCACACGUGGUUCUCCAAAGACCGCCUCCGCCAGACCACCGGGCAGAGGAUGAUGCAGGUAUGGACGGAGAUCCCAAGAGCAGACUGUUCUUAAUCUCUGCGAAUGAUAAGGAUUCUCUCCGUACGAGAAUACAGGACUUUGGAAUCUACUUUGAGCAGCGGCCAGAGGUGUUCGAGAACUCCCUCUUUGGUAACUUUGCGUAUACUCUUGGAACCAAGUUAUCUCAUCUGUCAUAUCGUAUGGCUCUGUCUGCUUCCUCGCUGGAUGAGCUAGGUGUCAAGAUGGCCCAAAUGAAAGCCAAUCCUAUCCGAGUGCUUGGAACCCCCACGGUCGCCUUUGUUUUCACCGGACAGGGUGCUCAAUGGGCUCAGAUGGGCAUUCCACUGAUGGAUGAAUAUCCGAUCUUUGCAGCGGCCAUUGAACGCGCCGACAAGUGCCUUUGUGACCUCGGGGCCGAGUUCUCCCUACUUGAAGAGUUACAGAAGGACCCUACGGUUUCUAAUAUCAACUCUCCCCAUUUAAGCCAGCCUUCUUGCACAGCCCUCCAGAUUGCCCUAACAGACCUUCUUCGCUCAUGGGGUGUCAGCCCAUCUUCGGUUAUAGGUCACAGCUCUGGUGAGAUUGGUGCUGCAUAUGCUGCCGGUAUUUUUGAUUUAGAGGGAGCAAUGGCGUUGGCCUAUCAUCGUGGCCAGAUGACCUCGUUGCUGAAGAGCUCCUACCCACUCCUCAAGGGUACUAUGAUUGCCGUCGGAGCUAGCUCUGACGAUAUAAAGCCGAUACUCAAGACCCUGAGCGGCUAUGCUACGGUAGCCUGUGUGAAUAGUCCCUCUAGCGUGACUGUUUCUGGAGAUGCAGACGCGAUUGAUGAACUUGAGGCUGUUCUACAGGAGAAACAGUUGUUUAACCGAAAGCUGAAGAUCGAUGUUGCUUACCAUUCAGACCACAUGAAGAAGGUAGCGAAGGAAUACCUUUCUGCUAUUGAUUCUAUCUUGCCCUCGACAUCCGUAACUGCGACUUUCUAUUCGUCUGUCACUAGCGAGAUCGCCGAGCCAUCUGAUCUAGGCCCAGCAUAUUGGGUGGCCAAUUUGACCUCUCCCGUUCUUUUUUCCAACGCAUUGGCUAAUAUGUGCGCGAAUGAAGAGAAUCGUCCCAGCCUCCUUCUUGAGCUUGGUCCCCAUUCCGCCCUAAAGGGUCCGAUCCUGGACAUCCUGAAGAGCCUAGGAUCGAUCGCCUCCAAGGUUAGCUAUGCACCUACCGUGCUCCGAAAUGCCGAUCCCGCCCAGUCCCUUCUCGAUGCUGCCGGUGCCGUGUAUGUGCGCGGAGGAACUCUCAACAUUACUGCAGUCAACUUCCCAGUGAGUGGAGCCUGUAAUCGAUCGUUCUUGCGGGAUUUGCCCAAGUAUCCCUGGCAGCACGGCACACGGUACUGGCAUGAGGGACGCAUUGCGCAGGGACACAAAUUCCGCGAUGGAAAGCGAAAUGAUGUGUUAGGAGCGCUGGCUAUGUACUCGAAUGAUCUCGAACCUACGUGGCGCAAUAUUGUGCGCCUGGACGAUAUCCCGUGGCUUCGGGAGCACAAGAUGCAGGGAAUGAGUGUGUAUCCGAUGGCUGGAUAUUUGGCUAUGGCUAUUGAGGCUGCACGUCGACGCGCCGAGGCCCAUGAGACUCCAUUCUCGCAGUUCGAGUUUCGCGAGGUGACCGUCGGUGCUGCACUCGUUCUUACCGACGAUGUGGACGCCGAGACUACCAUCUCCCUGAAGCCUUACGCAGAAGGCACGCGUGGCAACUCGGAUAUUUGGGAUGAGUUCCGUAUCAGCUCGUGGACCUCCAAGCGAGGCUGGACAGUCCACUGCUCAGGCAUGGUUCGCACUCGCGCCAACAAGAAGGGACAGGCAGCGGUCUUCAAUGCGGAGGAAGUUGAGCAGAAGCACUUCUCGAAGCAGAUUGACAGAAUCAUGGAACAAGCAACGUACGAGAUCGAUAUGCAGAAUAUGUACCAAGUCCUCACUGAUAUUGGUGCCGGCUAUGGCCCUUCCUUCCAAGGUCUGGAGAAUAUCUUCUCCCACCCCCAUCACUCGCGUGGUGACCUUUACGUCCGGGAUACCAAGGCCCUGAUGCCGAAGAAUUUCGAGGCUCCGUUAACCAUCCACCCAACGUUCUUGGACGCACUGUUGCAUCUGACCUGGCCUAUUCUCGGCCAAGGUCGUAUGGAACUUGACACGCUGUACAUGCCAACCAUGGUCAAGAGCUUGACUAUCACCGACAAGAUACCCUCUACUCCAGGUGAAUCUGUCAAAGCAUGGUGCAAUGGCGGGCCCAGCUUGGCUAACCCGGAGCCGGCCAAGUUCGACCUCUGGGUGACGCCGGAGAACUCGACCGAGAUUCUCAUCAAUAUUGAGGGUCUGAUCAUGACACCGCUCAAAGAUGCAGGUGCUGUUCGUGGCGAAAGCACCCGCGACUUGUGCUACAAGUUCGAGUGGAAAUCUCUCGCUGAGCUUGAGAAGGAGCCUGCUGCAGAACCUCAGGAUCCUAAUGGCCAUCUCAAUGGCGAUGGUAUCAAUGGGCACGCUACUGAGACUAACGGCGUGCUAACCAAUGGCCAUACUGUGAGCGGUUUGACUAAUGGUCACGCCAACGGCCAUCUCAGCCCAGAUGAGAAGCCGCAUCUCAAUGGCAACGGGGUCCAGAAUGACCAUCCCUUGACCGAUGUUUUGGUCACGCAAUUUGGCAAGUCUGACGGUAUUGCGGACAAGUUGAGUGAUGCUAUCCAAAAAGAGAGGAGUGACUGGAAGCCCUCCGUCUCCACUUUUGAGGAUAUCGAUGCAACUGGCAAGCAUGUCAUCGUCCUCCAGACUGGAGCCCGCUCCCUUCGCAACCUCACACCAGAGGCAUUCGAAGGCAUCAAGAACACUAUGUUGAACGCCUCCAACGUUCUGUGGGUCUACCGUCUUGACAGCCCCGAUGCCCAGAUGAUCGUCGGUCUGACCCGAAGCUUGCGUUCCGAGACCAUGGCCAAGGCCGCGACUCUCGGUCUUGAGACUGAAGAUCUCGAGAACCCUGCCACUCCCAUCAUGGCUACUAUCAAUGCUCUGUGGUCAACCGACACCCUGAACCCCUGCAAGGACUUUGAGUUCCGGGCUAAAGGCGCUGAACUGUUCGUCCCGCGUGCCUUGACUAACGAAGCAGCAGAUGCAUUCGUCCACAACGAGACUCAUGAGAUGACCAUCUCGUCUCAGCCAUUCCAGCAGUCUGGUCGCCGCUUCAAACUCCAAAUCGGCAAUCUCGGUGCUCUGGAUACGUUGUACUUUGCUGACGAUGUGGUCGAGCCAUUGGCUGAUGAUGAUAUCGAGAUCGAGGUCAAGGCCACCGGUCUGAAUUUCAAGGAUAUUGUCGUUACGAUGGGCCAGCUUGCGCAGCCGUACAUCGGUAUUGAGUGCAGUGGUAUCGUCUCAUCGGUCGGCAAGAAUGUUCAACACCUCAAGGUCGGUCAGCGAGUUAUAGCCUUACCGCUGGGCGGUUACUCCACCUACGCUCGCUGCAAAGCCACCAGUGCUGCUCCUCUCCCGGUGAAUAUGUCCUUCGAGGUCGGCGCCACAGUGCCAGUGGUCUUUUGCACAGCUUACUAUGCACUCUUCGACCUCGGCCAUCUGCAAGAAGGCGAGCGAAUUCUGAUUCACGCUGGUGCUGGUGGUGUCGGGCAAGCAGCGAUCAUGCUGGCGCAGAUGGUCGGCGCGGAGAUCUUCGUCACUGUCGGCAGCUUGGAGAAGAAACAAUUCCUCAUGGACCAGUACGGUAUUCCCGAGGAUCAUAUUCUCUACAGCCGUGAUACAUCGUUUGGUCGUGGCAUCCGACGUGCGACGAACAAUAAGGGCGUGGACAUCGUUGUGAAUUCACUGGCCGGUGAUCUUCUGCGUGAAACAUGGGAAUGUCUAGCUCCAUUUGGCCGGUUCAUUGAGAUUGGCAAGGCUGACAUCACCAAGAACACUCGCCUUGACAUGCUUCCAUUUGAGUACAACGUUAGCUUUGCUUCUGUUGAUUUGACAAAGGUGGCUGCGCACCGCCCGAAGCUGAUGAAGCGUCUAUUGGAUAAUGUUACGGAUCUGAUGGCCAAGGAAUCUGUGCGCCCUAUCCUGCCAUUGACCACGUACCGCAUCUCGGAGCUGGAAACUGCGUUCCGCACAUUGCAGACUGGUAAGGCGAUGGGUAAGAUUGUGGUUGUUCCUUAUGAGGACGAUUAUGUCAAGGCUGUCGCGCCCAAGACUGGUUCUUCUCUCCUAAAGGCUGACGCUUCCUACAUUCUGAUCGGCGGUACUGGUGGUCUCGGACGAAGCAUAGCCAAGUGGAUGUCCUCUAAGGGCGCCAGAAACAUUGUGUUAGUUUCUCGAAGCGCAUCGGUCAACGAACAGGUCCAGGCCUUGAUUGAUGAGCUGUCUGCCAACGGCACACAUGUUACCGUCAAGCCAUGCGACGUGAGCAGCAAACAGUCAGUCGAGAAUCUCGUCAAGGAAGAGAUGAAGGAUCUUCCACCAGUCCGCGGUGUCGUUCACGGUGCAAUGGUUCUCCGAGAUAUCCUCUUCGAGAAGAUGACCCUGGACGAUUUCCAAUCAGUCAUAACCAGCAAAGUCGACGGUGCCUGGAACUUACAUGAAGUCCUCGCCGACUAUCCCCUCGAUUUCUUCGUGGCCCUCUCCUCAGUCGCCGGUGUCAUCGGUAACCGCGGCCAAGCCGCGUAUGCCGCAGCAAACGUCUUCCUCGACGGAUUCAUGGAGUACCGACGCUCCCUGGGCCUUCCGGGUACAUCCAUCGAUCUGACCGCCGUGCGAGACGUUGGCUAUCUCGCCGAGGUCGACAGCAAGCGACAACAAGAAGUGCUCAAGAACAUCGGUACAGAUGGCAUGGACGAGGCAGAAGUACUCGCACUACUAGCCGCUGCGAUAACGUCAGACCUUGCAGAUUCCUGCUCUGGUCAGUUCAUCGUUGGCCUCGAGCUGAGUACACUAGACCACUUCUGGGCGCAGGACGCCAAGUUCAGUGUACUCUACGAGACUGCCAAGGCAGCGCUUGGCUCGGGAGCCGCCGCAGGAAGUGGCCCAGCUGCACCACUGAAUGUGCUCCUCGCCAAUGCAGGCUCCAAGGAGGAGGCACUGCACAUCAGUUAUGAAGCGCUCGCGGCCAAACUGGCACAGGUGCUGGUAAUCUCGGUAGAAGACAUGGAUCCAUCGAUCACGGUUGCCUCUCUGGGUCUGGACUCGCUGGUAGCGAUUGAGAUCCGGAAUUGGAUUGCGCGCGAGGCGAAUGCGAAUGUGCAGGUGUUGGAGUUGUUGUCGAGUGGAUCUUUGAUGGCACUUGCCGAGAUUAUCUUGAACAAGUCGCAGGUUUGA